AUGGGAAGCAAUUAUAUCAAGGGCGAGAUCGUAAAGAACAGCGGCGCCGACUGGGCACAACGCAUCGACUCUCCCAAGUCUCCAACCAAGCUCAAUGCUCGGUACACCCUCAAGACCGACGAUGGCCACUUCAUUCUGGUCAAUGCCGUGGGGACCGUGACGGGAGGGCCGCUCGUAGAAGGCGCGGAUGCAGCCUGGCCGCCCGAGCAGGGCAAGCCGUUGACCAUCACGCAGGACCAGGCCGAGUAUUUCACGCAGAUCACAUUCGAGGCAGCUGGCGGGAGUCCAUAUGAGUGGAUGAACUCGGUAGUCGCACUGGGGGUCAUGGUCAUGGACGAGGGGAAGCCAAUUAUCGACUGCUACCGGCUGACCAACUUUCCGGGCACGGGAACGGCGCAUCUUUGA